AUGAAUACUUCCUCCAACCAAUCCCUAAGCGGCCACCUCGCCAUUGUAACCGGGGCCGGCAAGUCCAAUGGCCUAGGGUUCGCCAUUGCCUCCGCCCUAGCCGACCAGGGAGCAGAUAUCGUCCUCCACUACAACACCAGCCACUCCACCGCCGCCCAAAACGUAGCAUCCCUGCAGGCACGAGGCGUCCAGGCCAUCGCCGUUCAAGCCGAUGCAGCCAGCACCACCUUUGGCACCGACCUUGUCUCCGCCACCCAGACAACCUUCCCCAACCGCACCAUCGACAUCCUCAUCAACAACGCCGGCCGCGCCAGCUUCAGUCCCACCCUCGACACCACCCCUAUCUCCGACUUCGACGCCCUCUUCCACACCAACGUCCGAGGCCCCUUCCUCCUCCUCCAAGCCGCCCUCCCCUAUCUCCGCACCCCCGGAGCCCGAAUCAUCAACAUCGGCACCGUAGUCGCGCAAAUCGGAACCAAAUGGGCGAACCUCUACUCCGGGUCCAAAUCGGCCCUAACCACAAUGACCCUGGGUUGGGCGGAGGCGUUAGGACCCCGGGGUAUCACCGCUAAUGUGGUCUCCCCGGGACCGAUCCAUACGGACAUGGUUCCUGAUGAGGAACAUGAGUUGACGCAACGGUUCCGGAGUGAGCAGGCGAUUAAGCGGAAUGGAACUGUGGAGGAGGUGGCUGCCGCGGUGGGGUUUUUGGUGAGCCCGGGGAGUUCGUUUGUUACGGGGCAGGUUUUGGCGGUGGAUGGGGGGAUUUCUCAUCUUUAG